GCCCCGCGCUGCGGCCCCGCCCCGAUCCGCCAGCGAUUGAGCGGCCUGGAGGGACCCUGAGAGCUAUGGGGCUGCUGUCGGACCCCCAGUGCCGGCGGGCGCUCGCCCGCCUCGUCCUGCGCCUCAACAACCCCCUCUGCGCUCUCAGCUACGCCCUGGGUCUCGCCUGGUUCCUGGCGCUGCCGCCGGCGGCGCCGCGCACCCACAUCUCGGAGAACGCCAUGGGUUCCACCAUGGUGGAGGAGACCUUCAGCGGCGGCGCCCGCGCCAUCGCCUUCGCCCGCGAUUUCGCCGCCCACAAGAAGAAAACGGGGGCUCUGCCGGUGGCUUGGUUGGAGAAGACCAUGUGGAGUUUGGGUUUGGAGGUCCACCAACAGACGUUCACCUGUACGCUGCCCUUCCCGGAUGAGGCUCGUGAGCGAUAUUUGGUGAAGGGCACCAACGUGUAUGGGAUCCUGCGGGCGCCGCGCGCCGCCAGCACCGAAGCGCUGGUCCUGAGCGCCUCCUGCGCCGACGGAGCCACCAACAACCACGGAGUGGGGCUCCUCCUCGCCCUCGCCGGAACCUUCCGCGGCCAGAUCUUCUGGGCCAAGGACAUCAUCUUCCUGGUGCACGAGCACGACCUUCUGGGCAUGGAAGCGUGGCUCCAGGGCUACCACGACGUCAACCUCACCGAGAUGACUUCUUCGGGAACGCCGGGUCGGGCGGGAGCCAUCCAAGCGGCCAUCGCUUUGGAGCUCAGCAGCGACGUGGUGACCAGCUUGGACGUGGCCGUGGAAGGGCUCAACGGACAACUUCCCAACUUGGAUCUUCUUAACCUCUUCCAUGCUUUCUGCCAGAAGAAUGGGCUCCUCUGCACCAUCCAGGGGAAGCUCCCUCGCUCCGAGUGGGAUUCGUUGCCCGCCUACACCCACAGCCUUCAGACUCUUCUCCUCAUGGUCUUGGCUCAGGCCUCGGGGCAACCGCGCGGCAACCACGGCCUCUUCCUCCGCUAUCGCAUCGAGGCCCUCACGCUCCGCGGAAUCAACAGUUUCCGGCAGUACAAGUACGACAUGACCACCGUCGGCAAGACCUUAGAAGGAAUGUUCCGGAAGCUCAAUAACCUCCUGGAACGUCUGCAUCAAUCGUAUUUCUUCUAUCUGUUGCCUUCGCUCUCCCGGUUUAUCUCCAUCGGGGUCUACAUGCCGGCGUUUGGGUUCCUCAUCCUGGUCCUCAUCCUGAAGGCUCUGGAGCUCUGGAUGAAGCUCAAUAAGUGGGAACCGGGCAGCGGCGAACGGCUCUGCGACGGCAGCGGCGGGGCAGGAGAGGAGCCGCUGCCGGGACUGCUGCCGCUGGUGCCGCCGGUUCUGGUCUCUCACGCCGCCGGCGUCGCCAUUUACUUCUUGCCGGUCCUCGGCCAACACGUCGCCACCCAACACUUCCCGGUGGCCGAAGCCGAAGCCGUGGUGCUCACCGUCAUCGCCAUCUACGUGGCCGGCAUGGCCCUGCCCCACAACACCCACAGAUCCGCAUCCUGCGGGGAUCGGGGUUGGAUGGCGCUGAAGCUGUUGGCGGUGCUCUAUUUGGCGCUUCAACUCACGUGUUUGGCGCUCCUCAACUUCUCGUUGGGUUUCGUCCUCGCCGCCACUCUCGUCCCCAUCGCCGCCGCCGUCAGCCCCGGCCGAGCCCGGCCGCUGCUGGCGGUGGCUUUGGUGGUGGCCACGCCGGCGUCCACGUUGCUUCUGGGAAUCUUCUUGGAGCGGGAGUUGGUGGAGGCGCCGGCGUCGCUGGCCGAGGGGUGGCAGCGCUUCCUGGGGGCCGUGGCUCAAGGUCUUCUCCAACACCACCUCCACGGGUCGCUGGUGGUCCCCGUCCUCGCUUUGGCCACCUACCCCUGUUGGCUUCUCCUCUGGAAUGUCCUCUUCUGGAGGUGAACCACGAGGACAGAGCCACGGACGCUCACGAGGAGCCACCGGUGGAGCUUUAGAUCUUCAGAUCGGGGGGGGGGACACAGGGCGGG